CCCUGUGUUGAAUAGCACUGGGCCAUCCUGUGCCUCUUCCCUCCGAGCCUCCUCUUUCUUCUUUCUGCUAUCAACUUCUCCCCAUCUUUCAAGGCCUCAUUGAGGCCUCUUCUCCCUGGUAAGAGCUGGCAAAGCUUUGGGCUUUUAGUUAUAUGUAAAUCAGCAUGUUGUUGUGGGCUGUUUCAUAGUCUCCCUGUUUUUCCCAUGUGCUAUUUAUUUGCGUAUUUGUCUCAUCAUCUGGAUUACUGAGGCAGAGCCCAGAGCCCAGGAAGGUGCCAGCUCUCACCCCACCCUGACAGCAUUUCCCUGAAUCUGGGGGCACCAGCUGCUAGGAGGCGACCUCCGACUGGCAAAAGAAAGCCCAAGCGACUUUCUCUGCCUCUGGCUGGAGAAGGGGGGACCUAGGGCUGAGGGGACCUGAGUGAGGAGGAGGGAGAGGGGAAAGAAGGGAAUGACAGUCCCCAGCCAGUCCCGUCACUCUAGGGGUGAGCAGCUACUGGGCCAGGUAGGUGCUGAAAGAGAGGAGAGCUCUCAGAAAGCCUCCUUGCCGUGAUAGGAACUGGCUGGCUGGCUGCAGAGCCUGAUGGGUUCUGCUAGGCAGGUGCCAGCUGGGGAUGGUCUAGAGCUGGCACUGCUGUCUCUGAUUAAUUGGUUGGGCUCCUUUUGACACACACCUCCAGAGUUUCAAAAGGUCUGUGGCAUGGGAUACAUUCCCAGUGAAACUGAGUUUGGGUCCCUGGCUUUUCCAGUAGCAGAGCCAGACCUGUGUGGAACCAGGUGGGAGGAAGGGCUGGGCCCAGGGAAAACGUCUCUGGCUUGAAGUCUGGAAGCUGGUGCAUGUACAUGAACUUGAGAGGAGUGGGGGGCUCACAAGAUGCCUGGCUCAGUGUUUGAUGUCGCAGGGACAGAAUAAUGGGUAGAUGCUAGUCCUGCGCUCAAGGAGUUUCCUGUGUAAUUGGAAUUUAGACUGGUAGGCACACCUCCCAUGUCCUCAUUAGAAGUUCAGUGUGUAGUAAGUCUUAGCCUGGGUUAAUCAGGGAAGGCUUCUCGGAGGAGAUGACAUUUGGUUUGUUAUCAAGGGAGAGCAAGUUUGUGCCGUGGCUGUUGAGAAAUCCUGAGAAAGCUGGAUUUGGGGAACGCUGCAUCCUGGGGUGAGGGGCAGAGCCUGUAGCAUUGUAGACAUGGCUGUGCCCCUGGCUGCUGCUGUUCUGUCUCCUGGUGAGCAGGACUAUUACCGAGGAGGCGUCAGAGAACUGUAGCCACCUGAUUGGGAACGGACAUCUGCGUUUCCUGCAGGAGCUGAUUGACAGUCAGAUGGAGUCCUUGUGCGAAAUUUCCUUUCGGUUUGUAGACCCAGACCAGUUGAAAGAUCCCGUGUGUUACCUUAAGAAGGCAUUUCCCCUGGUGCAAGACAUAAUGGAGGACACCAUGCGCUUCAAAGACAACACCCACAAUGCCAAUGUCACCAUGCAGCUCCAGGAACUCUCUCUGAGGCUGAAGAGCUGCUUCACCAAGGACUAUGAAGAGCAGGACAAGGCCUGCAUCCGAACUUUCAAAGAGACACCCCUCCAGUUGCUGGCAAAGAUCAAGAACGUCUUUAAUGAAAUAAAGAAUCUCCUUAAAAAUGACUGGAACAUUUUCAGCAAGAACUGCAGCAAUGACUAUGCUAACUGCCCCAGCCCAGAUGUGGUGACCAAGCCUGAUUGCAACUGCCUGUACCCCAAAGGCACCCCUAGCAGUGACCUGGCCUCUGUCUCCCCUCAGCAGCCCCUCACCCCCUCCAUGGCCCCUAUGACUGGCUUAACCUGGGCUGACUCUGAGGGGACAGAGGGGAGCUCCCUCUUGCCCAGUGAGCAGCCUCUUCGCACAGUGGACCCGGGCAGUGCCAAGCAGCGACCACCCAGGAGCACCUGCCAGAGCUUUGAGUUGUCUGAGAGCCCAGGCAUGGAGGGCAGCCCUGCCACAGGUUCACCUCAGCCCCGCCCCUCUGUCGGGGCCCCUGUUCCUGGGACAGAGGAUGUUCUCGACUCUGUGUUGGACCCUAACUGGGCCCUAGAAGAAGCCUCCGGAGUGGCUAGUGAGGGUCCAGUACCCCAAGAGGCAGAGCUUUCCUCCUCCAGGCUGGAAGGAGGCAGUGUCCAGGCAGAGACCACCAGACCCAGCGACCUCCUCUCAGCAUCUUCUGCAUUCUCUGGAUUGGCAAAGGGCCGGCAACCGGUGGAUGUAACUGGCACCCCAGUACCCAAGGUGGGCCCUGUGAGACCCACUGGCCGGGCCCAGAGUUACAGACCUGAGAAGACAGAUGGUUCGUCUGCCCCACCCAGAGACCACCGGGAGCCAGGCUCUGCUAGGACCCCAUCACUGCGCACACAAGGCCUCAGCCGUCCCUCCACCCUCUCUGCUCAUCCAAGGCUUCCCAGAAGCCACUCCUGGGGCAAUGUGUUGCCCCUUGGGGAGCUGGAGGGCAAGAGGAGCACCAGGGAUCGGAGGAGCCCUGCUGAGCUGGAAGGAGGACGAGCAAGUGAGAGGGCGGCCAGGCCUCUGGCCAGGUUUAACUCCAUUCCUUUGACUGACGCAGGCCAUGAGACGAAGCACGUGGGACCUGCUGACCCCCAGCUCCCCGGGUUUGUCUUCCGCCUGCUGGUGCCCAGCAUCAUCCUGGUCCUGCUGGCCGUCGGAGGCCUCCUGUUCUACAGGCGGAGGCGGCGGCUCCUCAGUGAGCCUGCUCUUUCCUGUCCCCAGAGCCAUCAAGAGCUUCAGACAGUGGAUGUCCCCAUGGAGCGACUAGAGGACAGCCCCCUGACCCAGGAUGAGGACAGACAGGUGGAGCUGCCAGUAUAGAUGGAAUCCUCAGCUGGGCGUGCAGGACAGUCUCUCCAUGGGAGGAGACAUUGUGGGAGCAUCCGCCAGCACCCCUCCCCAGCCAUUCUCCUGGGAAUGUGGCCUGCCCACCAUGAGCAAGCACUCCUGCCUGCCAGGACUAGACCAGAGCAGCCAGGCUGGGAUCCCUCUGCCCUCCACCCUCAGACUCUGGAUUGACUAAGAGAGGGCUGGAGGAUGCCCCCCACGCUGCUGAUGUUUAUCGUGGGCCCUGGAGGCUCCCAUCUGCUCGAGGGAGGCUGGCAAGCCUGACUGAGGACCAUCUUCCCCCAGGGGCUGUGUCCUCUUCCCACUCCCCUCAAAGCCACCACCUGGGCCAGGGACCCAGAAGCCUGUGGGAUGUGGGAGAGCAGGGUGGGCGCUGAGGAAUGGAAGAGCCCUUGUGCCCAGAGGACCCGCCUGGUGCCAAGGGAUCCCAACACCGACAAGCAGGGACUUGUCUCCAGAGAGAGAAGCAUGAUAUUCACAGGGUGGGACAGCGUCGGCUGGAUUUCCUGUAAAGGUGUGCAGCCCAAAAGAUAGGAAGAGAAGGCCCCUGGGCCUGCUGGUCUGCACUGACAGCCCGGGCGUCUACAGCCUCCACUCACCUGAGUGCCCUCUGCUGGUUGCCAGGCAGAGGUGGGUAGGCCAACCCUGCCCUCAGGACCUGCCUGGCUUGGCUCCUGAUGCCAAGGGGAAGGUCAGGCUCUGGCCUUGCCCCACCUUCCCUCCAGCCCUGCCAGAGCUUCUCUGGGAGGCUGCGCAGAGCCUCCCCUCAUGAAGGAAGCCAUUGCACUGUGAAUACUGAACCUGCCUGCUGAACAGCCUGCCCCGUCCUUGCCCAUGAACGAACAUCUGUCCGUCCUCCCACCCCUCUGGCCUCUCCCCAUUCUCCUACACUGAGUGCCUGAGCCGGCCUCGCCUGUCUGUCGACUGAGGGAGCCCCUAAGCCCUGACCUUCUGCUGACCCGGCCGUUGAGUCUGCCGGGGGUGGAUCAGGGUGGGAGAACUGCCUGGGCCGCCAGCUAGAGCUGGUCUUUAGGCUGCGUUGCUAGAGCUGGUCUUUAAGCUGCGUUGCUCGCCCAGGUUUCUGCAUCUUGCACUUUGACAUUCCCAAGAGGGAAGUGACUAGUGGGAGGGAGAAGGGGAGGGGAGGGCAGAGACAGACACAGAGAAAGGCUGCAGGGUGAGCUCUGACUGAAAUGGGUCUUUGAAAUUAUGGGUAUGCCCCUGAGGUUGGGGGAGGCAUCUGCACCCCUGACCCCCAACUCAAUCUCCUUCCCCAUACCAGGCCCCUGACCCAAAGACAGCCACAAGGCUACUGCCGGCAGGCGCCCAGAGCUGAGCAGGUUGUCCCUGUUAGCAGCCGGUUAGGCAGUGAUACCCUCCAGCUCUCACCCCACCCCCAUACCACCAUCUCUCUGACCAUGCAAGCCAUGGCCGGAGAGGGACCAGGAGGGCCCAGGCAUCUGCUUCCAAGUCUGCCUUGAGGGCCUCAGCUUUCUAGGCCAGCCCAUGGCCACGGCUCUGAGAGCUGGGCAGCAGGUAACAGGGCUGCCGAUUGUCCUUGAUCCUUCUGUGCUGCAGUGUCCCUCCUCUCCUGCUGCCCUGGGCCCUCCGCUGAGAGACCCCGACCUACCUGGCCACUGGGCUGGAGCCCAUGACCUUCCCUUCCUGCCCUUGAAAGUGAGAGUCCACUGGCCCCCGCCUCCCCUGCCUUGUGGCCAUCAGCUGAAGGAGGGACAAUGGAGAACUUUCCUGUGGGGCGCCUUCUUCUAGUCAUAGACUCUUUAUUUGAUACUAGAAUAUAUGUAUUUAAAAGUGGAAGAAAAAAAACACAGAAAGAAGUCAUUCCUCCCCUACCCCCUACCCUUAAACAUAUAGUAUUUUAAAAAUCAAGAAAUCAAACCCAACCCAUUGCAGAAGCUCUCUGUGGGCGCUUGGUGACACAGGAGUGUGAGGGGCCCCAGAGCAACCUCUGGGUGGCUCCCCUGGCUACCUACACAGCAACCCUUUCUUUUCUCUGAGAAAGCCGAGAGGGAACAUUGGCUCACGCACUGUGAGAUUUUGUUUUUAUACUUGGAAGUGGUGAAUUAUUUUAUAUAAAGUCAUUUAAAUAUCUAUUUAAAAAAUAGGAAGCUGCUUAUAUAUUUAAUAAUAAAAGAAGUGCACAAGCUGC